AUGAGCCCUGAAGAUUUCAGUAAACGUACGACAUUCGAUCGUCAUACCAUCAACUACCAAGCGUGGAGAGAGCAGAUGACAGUAUGCGAUCUGCUGCAGGAGUACGACGCUGCCGUAAGGCCGUCUGGGCGAACUCCUUACAACAAUACCAAAGGACCUGUGAUCGAGUUCGUGGCUCAAUUUCGAUUUCGACAGGAAUGGUUUGACGACCGUCUACGCUUCAUGGAUCACCAGGGUCCAAUUUCGCCAGACUAUCGUAAUUUCGAGUUUAUCCAUGUUGCCAGGGAUCAACGUUUGUGGAUUCCUGACACUUUCUUUCAAAACGAAAAAAACGGGUGGUACCACAUGCUGGACCAGGAGAAUCGCUUCUUGAAAAUUCGUUCAGACGGGAAACUCAUCUAUGACAGGAGAUUAACACUUCACUUAUCGUGUUCUAUGCAUUUGUCACGUUAUCCCAUGGAUUCGCAGAACUGUGAAAUCGCUUUUGCUUCUUCUAACGGUGCUCUUCCUAAUUUCGAUAUCGCCACAUUCACCAAUGGUUCUUGUCAUUCGAGAACAAACACAGGCGAGUAUUCGUGUCUACGAAUAGAACUGAAGUUGAAUCGCGUUUUCUCAUUCUUUCUUCUACAACUCUAUAUUCCCUCGUCGAUGUUAGUAGGAGUGGCAUGGGUAUCGUACUGGAUCGACUGGAAGAGCACAGCGGCACGUGUUCCUCUCUCUAUCGUCACUUUACUCACCAUGAUCACUACCUCACAUGGUCAGUUGAACAUCAAUGCGUUGACCUCAGUAUCAGAUCUUAUGGUGUACUUUAUCGUUUCAGCAAUAAACUCGAACCUACCACCAGUAUCGUAUGCGAAAUCGAUUGAUAUCUGGGUUGGAGCAUGUGUCGUGUUCAUAUUUUUUUCUCUCAUUGAAUACGCCGUUGUUAACUACAUGGGAAUCAUGGACGAGCAUAGGUGA